CAAAUCCGUCAUAUGAGUAUCCCAUUUUUUUCGCUUUAUUCUUCCCCAUUAUUUUUUUCAAAACUAAACGCCAGGCUCUAAACGCGGGUAGCAGUUGAAGAAAAUAACCUCAAAUAACCUGAAAACUCUCAACGCAAAUUUUUUUUUUGAAGAUUGUAGAAGAUGGCUGAGGGUGAGGAUAUUCAGCCCCUUGUCUGCGAUAAUGGAACUGGAAUGGUGAAGGCUGGAUUUGCUGGUGACGAUGCUCCAAGGGCAGUGUUUCCUAGCAUUGUCGGUCGUCCACGUCAUACUGGGGUGAUGGUUGGUAUGGGACAGAAAGAUGCAUAUGUAGGCGACGAGGCUCAAUCAAAACGUGGCAUUUUAACUCUAAAGUACCCAAUCGAGCAUGGCAUUGUCAAUAAUUGGGAUGACAUGGAGAAAAUUUGGCAUCAUACGUUUUACAAUGAACUACGUGUUGCUCCGGAAGAGCAUCCUAUUCUCCUCACUGAAGCCCCUCUUAACCCGAAGGCCAAUCGUGAGAAGAUGACCCAAAUCAUGUUUGAAACCUUCAAUGCACCUGCUAUGUAUGUUGCCAUUCAGGCUGUUCUUUCCCUUUAUGCUAGUGGUCGAACAACCGGUAUUGUGCUUGAUUCCGGAGAUGGUGUUAGCCACACAGUCCCUAUUUACGAGGGAUAUGCUCUUCCACAUGCAAUCUUACGUCUCGAUCUUGCUGGUCGUGACCUCACUGAUGCCCUGAUGAAGAUUUUAACUGAACGUGGUUACUCAUUCACCACCACUGCUGAACGAGAAAUCGUGAGGGAUGUGAAGGAAAAGUUGUCUUACAUUGCUCUCGACUUUGAACAAGAACUAGAAACUGCCAAGACCAGUUCCUCUGUUGAGAAAAGCUACGAGUUACCUGAUGGUCAAGUGAUCACCAUCGGUGCCGAACGGUUCCGAUGCCCUGAAGUUCUUUUCCAACCAUCCAUGAUUGGUAUGGAAGCUGCUGGUAUCCACGAAACAACUUACAACUCCAUAAUGAAGUGCGAUGUCGAUAUCAGAAAGGAUUUAUACGGUAACAUAGUGCUUAGUGGUGGCACUACAAUGUUCCCCGGUAUUGCGGAUCGAAUGAGCAAAGAGAUCACAGCAUUGGCUCCUAGUAGCAUGAAGAUUAAGGUGGUUGCACCACCUGAGAGGAAGUAUAGUGUGUGGAUUGGUGGCUCCAUAUUAGCUUCCCUCAGCACUUUCCAACAGAUGUGGAUUGCAAAAGCUGAAUAUGAUGAAUCUGGCCCUUCAAUUGUGCAUAGGAAAUGUUUUUAAAGCACAAGCAAAGAAGAGAUAGGCUAAGCCUCAAGAACUGCUCUGUCUAAGGUUUCUUGCAAUUUCAUAUUUUGGUUUCAUUAUCUGCUUUUUUUUCGUUCCAUCAUUUUGUCGUUUGGACAAUAAUCUUGAAACGUUUGAUGAUUGUUGGAAUAUUUAUAUUUUCAGUUAUCAUCUGUUUUUCUUUUUGGUAGUGAAAGAUAAUUGCCUAAGAAAUUUGUUGGCUA